AGUUUCAAUGUGAGAUAAUAGUCUCUCCGACUUCUUACCUCUUUCCCACAAACUCUAAGCCCCCGUCCGUCCGUUCAUGGCCACUGUUGCAGCAGGCGUGGGUAUAGGAGUGAGUAAGCUACCCCUUCAUAGUUGUACAAAACCAACAUCCCUAUUUCUCGGUAAAAAACUUGGAGUCAAACCAAGUGCAAGAAUCAACGUCUCAAACCGCAAACAGUUCCUUGUAUCUGCGUCACAAGGAGAACUGAUCAUCGAUGCCGUUCGUGACCUCUUUGUGGCCGUGGGAGUGGGUCUGCCCUGCACUGUCAUGGAGUGCGGCGAUAUAAUUUACAGAAGCACUCUUCCUAAGUCGAAUGGCUUGACGGUUACGAUCCCUGGUGCGAUUUUGGCCCUGGGCGCUCUGUCUUACCUCUGGGCCACUCCUGGUGUCGCCCCUGGGUUCUUUGACAUGUUUGUUCUUGCUUUUGUUGAGAGGUUUCUCAGACCCACUUACCGGAAGGAUGAUUUUGUUCUGGGGAAGAAGUUGGGGGAGGGGGCCUUUGGAGUGGUUUAUAGGGCUUCAUUGGCUAAGAAGCCCUCAUCCAAGAAGGAAGGUGACUUGGUCUUGAAAAAAGCUACCGAAUAUGGUGCAGUGGAAAUUUGGAUGAAUGAGCGUGUUCGAAGAGCUUGCGCAAAUAGCUGUGCUGAUUUUGUAUACGGAUUUCUUGAGACUUCUUCAAAGAAAGGAGGUGAGUAUUGGCUUAUAUGGCGGUUUGAAGGGGAGGCCACACUUUCAGAUUUGAUGCAAAGUAAAGAGUUCCCCUAUAAUGUAGAAACUAUGAUUCUUGGAGAGAUCCAGGACAUGCGUAAGGGUAUAGAAAGGGAGAAUAGAAUCAUACAAACAAUCAUGAGACAGCUCUUAUUUGCAUUGGAUGGACUUCACUCGACUGGGAUUGUGCAUAGGGAUAUUAAGCCACAGAAUGUUAUUUUUUCUGAAGGUUCUCGUACAUUCAAAAUAAUUGAUCUAGGAGCUGCAGCUGAUUUGCGAGUGGGCAUUAAUUAUAUUCCAAAGGAGUUUCUUCUAGAUCCAAGAUAUGCUGCGCCGGAGCAAUACAUCAUGAGCACACAAACUCCAUCUGCACCUUCAGCUCCAGUGGCAACUGCACUUUCCCCAGUCCUAUGGCAGAUGAAUUUGCCUGAUAGAUUUGAUAUCUACAGUACUGGUCUGAUGUUCCUCCAAAUGGCAUUCCCAGCAUUACGCUCUGACAGUGGCCUCAUACAAUUCAAUCGUCAGUUAAAGAGAUGUGACUAUGAUUUGGUUGGAUGGAGAAAAAGUGUAGAGCCUCGUGCUAACUCCGAACUGCGAAGGGGAUUCGAGUUGUUGGAUUUAGAUGGUGGGAUAGGAUGGGAACUUGUGACUUCAAUGGUCAGAUACAAAGCACGACAAAGAACCAGUGCAAAAGCUGCUUUAGCUCAUCCCUACUUUGAUAGGGAAGGGCUAUUGGCUUUGUCCUUCAUGCAGAAGCUGAGAUUGCAAUUCUUUCGUACAACACAACAAGACUAUGGUGAAGCUGCCAAGUGGGUAAUCGGGCUCAUGGCAAAAUCAGGGACGAAGCAGGAUGGUGGCUUCACAGAAGCUCAGCUUCAAGAGCUCAGAGAAAUUAAGCCCAGGAAGAAGGCAAGUCCACAAAGGAAUGCUCUUGCAUCGGCUCUUCGGCUCCAGAGGAAGAUUAUUAGAACAUUGAAUGAGAGCAUGGAUGAGCUUAACCAACGUAGGAAGAGCCUGUGGUGGAGCAGAUGGAUCCCCAGGGAGGAAUGAAGUCUGCAAAUAUAUAUAGUAUUUUUUCCUUCUUUUGUACAUCCGUACCGAAUAUCUUGUGGAAUAGAGCAAUAUUUUACAAUGAAAGAAAUUAAAUGGAAUCUAAUGAAAACAUGUCUGGAAUCUUUUGAACUCAAGUCUA